CUUCAGCCUGAUUUAGACCCUGGAGCCAAGCUCUGCUCUGGAAUCUGCCGGGCGCUGCCGCCGAUGUCCAACAUGCACCGAGCUGAUGCUGCUGUGGAGGAUGCAGUGUUGAGGAAGAAAGAGCAAAAGGAUGUUGAACUCGAUAAGAAAAUCUUGGCUCUGCGGAAGAAGAACGAAGCGCUCAUACGAAGGUACCAGGAAAUAGAAGAGGAUAAAAAGCGAGCUGAGCAGGAGGGCAUGGCUGUCACCUCCAGGAGACCCAAGCAGGAUGGACUCACUAUUACCAUCACCAAAGCCCAUAAUGACCUGAAAGAUGCAAUUACCCAGACUGAACACUAUGGACAAGAUAGCCCAGCCCUUUCGAUGGACAAAAGGGUGGUGAGUGAGAAAUGGGGGAGCCCUUGUCCUACAAGCCCUGGGUUUGGCAUUGGCAGUGAGGAAGAAGAGGAGGAGGAGGAGGAAGCAGAUCAUAUGUUUACAUUCAGGAUGGGGAAGAGGAUGCAGCUGGCUGUUACCAUGGACAACAAAGCCAAGGGCAAGCGCAUCGUCAGCGAGAGGCACCCCGAGGGCCUCCCUGGCCCAGGCAGGGCGCCAGACCUGGGCGAGGAGGACACCAACCAGCUGGUGGCUUUCCACAGGGGCAGGAGGAUGCAGAUUGCCAUCACCAUGGACAACAAGGAAAAGGCAGAGGAGAGGAGAACAGCAGAGAGGAGGAGAUCAGACAGCGACAGAGGCCUCGAAAAUGAGCACAGCCAGAGGGAUGGUGGGAAGUCAGCCCAGAGGAGCCCCGGAGAGCUGAGCUGGGCUCUGGCGGGGCGGGAGCGCUCAGAGUACGUGCGCUGGAAGAGGGAGCGGGACCAGAUCGACCUGGAGCGGCUGGCGCGGCACAGGAACGCCAGGGGCGAGUGGCGGCGUGCCUGGGAUGUGGAGAAGUCAGAGCACAUGUUUGAAGAGGACUUUGUUAAGGAUGGGGAGCCAGCCUUGGAUAAUCCCAGCCAUAAGAAAGGGGGAAGGAACUCAAGGAAAUUCCAGCACAGGUCCUUUCCUCCCAACGGGAGAGGUGGAGGACAGCACGGAGUGAAUGUGAGCGACCCUGGUCAGAAGGUAGUGCCUGCUGUGAGCAGCCGAGCCAAGGGGAAGGACAGACUGACAGGCAGAGCCAGGAGGUGGGAUGCAAAAGAAGGCGAGGACAUGUCUCUUCUGAAGGAUGACCUUGACAGCCAGAGAAGCCUUGGUACAGACAAGUGGAAGAGCAGAGGUGAGGAGCAAGUGGAAGAGAACUCCAUGGCUGACCUGGAGAAGAAGGUGAAACAGACAAGUCUCCAAGAUCACGGGGCCCCCUUAUCACAAAGGCUACGAAGUGGAAAGAUCCAAUCUGCCCACAAUGGCCAGAAGGAAGAGCAGAGAGGAGUGAAGGACAGGGAGGUGCCCAUGCCCAGCACAGGUGCAUCAGAUCCAGGGCCCAAGCCAAGUCAGGGAGGCACUGGGGAAGAUGCUGAUGGGCAGCCUGGCACUGCUGACGUCUCCCAGGAGAAGGAGAGCACUAACAGCUCUGCUCCACAGAGCAGCCUUCCAAGCACUGAGCAAGCCACCAGGUAUGGCAGUGAGGAGACUCUGUCACUGCUUGUGGGAGCUGGCUCAGAGAAAACCUCAGCUUCAGGACAGGAGUCCACUGAGAACUCUCCAGGCAGCCAUGGAGGAAAGCUGGACACAGCAGCAGGAGACAGACUGGAUGCAGGUCAAGGACAGCUGGUGGGAAAAAGAGGGGAGGAAGUGACCCAAACCACUGCCCUUCAGGGACAGACAUUUGCACUGAAAGACAGUCAAGAUGCUGAAGGCACUGAACACAAAGGAGAGCCUCUGCCCCCGAGGAACACCAUCUCUGACAAGACUGUUGUGUCUGAACAGGACACAGCAAAAUCACAGUCCAGGGAAGGGGACCAGCCUGAGGACUGCAAGGACAAGGACAGUGAGGACACCCACAACUAG